AUGGACGUCCAUCGCUCUGAUCCCACCUUGCGCCCUCCUCUUCCCAAACAGCCAUCAUUCUCGGACGAUCAGUCGGAUUCAAGCUCAUCGACUCGAUCGAGCAGCCAUUCGCGGUCAUCGGACAAGGAUGAUAGUUGGAUCAAGUUACGCAGCUCGCGGUCGCCGGCCGGCCCAAGGACGAGCCAACGACAAUCGCCCGUCUUACAUCAAGAUACACCAAUCGCCAAUGUCGUCAGCAAUGCAUUCGACGAAGCUCCAAGCACCAAUCAAUUAGAUCCAAAGCUCGUUCAGCAAUUGACGGAACAAGUCACCACACAAGUCCUCAAGACCCUACAAGCAAUCAACGUGCCGACGUCGAUUAAUACGUCCUUGACCCAGCAAUCACCUGUUCUCUCCGAGACAAGAUCAAAUGCAGGGUCACUUGGAAAGUCGAACAACUAUAAGCCACCUUGUGUCAAUGACGAACCGUCAUCGCCCGAUCGUGCUUCUGAUGACGGUAACUACCCUCUUAGUACCUACAGCACUGGGAGUCGUCGCGAAAGCAAAGAUACUCGCCAGCCUUCUGCAGUGGACGCCGACUUGGGACUUCGACGAUCUCGAACUUCCACUGACGCCGGCAAAGAUGAUCGACCAAGCGCGAAUUCCGACGCUCGGCGUGGUAGUUCCGACGCUGCAGAAGAUCACAAGUCUGGUGGUGCUCGCAAGGAUAGUCUCGAUCCAGCUGGCGGUCCGCUAGCUAAUGCCAAUCGUACUCGCCCUCUGCGGACAUCUAUCGUGGAAGAGACCUCCCUUCCAGAGCCUACCACACUCGAGAAAAUUUGGAAGCCAUUGUUUCAACCUGAUGGUGAGCCUACCCAGCGCCUCAGUCAAUUUCUACGAGGCUUGGCCGAUCAUAUCAUCCAUGACUACGAGCCGAAGGACAGCCUCGUCGUCGGUCCAAGGAAGAUGCUCCGCUUCUUCAAUGAGACAGCCGUGGCCGAGGAACACUAUCCUUGGAGAACAAUCUUCGGUGGUAGCCUUUCCUUCGCUUCGAUCGGAAAUAUUUACCGAAAACUGCUUUGUCAGUACUAUUUGAUUCAACCUUCUGCGUCGGUUUCAUCAUCUACCAACAACGAGGUUCCAAAUAUUCCCGGUCUCACACCUCAUGGUUUUGCAAAGUUCAUGACUACUCUCAUCCGCGCCCAUCCUGACACAGAGUGUGCUCGCUUGUGUCGUGCUCUGGUCCUCAUGCCUCUUUCCAAUGCCGACAACAAGGCUGAACGCUUUCCCAAGGAACUCCCGCGAAGUCUGCUUCCCUCCAGAGCUAGCGUUACAGCGGAACAACGACUGAUCUCCAGUCUUGACCAUGAGCCCGUCUUGAUACCUCUCGGUCGACGAGCUUCAGCAACAAUGCCGCCGCCACCUCCUGGAAUGCCACCAGCAAACAUGAGACGAACCAGCACAUAUGAUGCACCGAGAACAUGGGACAGAGCCGCUGGUGUCGCGGAUGAUUGCGAAGACGAGGAUAGCGGUUCGCCCUAUCCACCAGUCAUAGUCGCCGAACGUCAGCGCAAACCUUAUCACGGCCGCACAGACGGCUCCGGAGCCAAGUACGAUUCGAAUCCUGCCCCGGCAGCACCCCGUGAGCGGGGAUAUGACCAAGAUCGUAGCCGCGGUCGCUAUGAAGACGACUACAACGUUGACCCUCGCUACAAGGGUGAGACCUUUGACGCUCGUCGUCCUCGAUCCGUGCCCAAACCCCCCGGCCUAAGCCGUACUCAGUCCACCAACGUGCCACCUGAGGAGGGCUCCUACAGCAGGCGGCAGUACUCGCCACCCACUGCUCCUGACGUACGACGCGCCUCCAGGGCAGAAGGCAUGGAUCCAACUUCAUCAUCAAACCAAGACUCCCGUCGCUCGCGCUACCAUCCCUCCGCCUCAUCUGACGUGCGCGAUGGAAGCCGCCGCGAAGAGCGCGAAUAUCAAGACACCCGCCAAUCCCGCUCAACGGGCUACGGCUAUGGCAACGGCUACUCAUCGUCAUCCUGCCAAGAGAGCGGAUGGGACCGGGAACGCGGCGAACGGGAUAAAACUCGAGCCUGA